UAAACAUGGCGUAGUUUUGACUUUUCUAUAUGAUUAGGGAAGUCCUAAACCUAGUUUUCUCGUGUAAAUAUUUAAUUAUCUUCAACAAAAAGACAAAGAUAUUCUGAAGUAUGUCGGCAAAUGAAAAUUGGGAUUUUGAUGGACUCGAAAAUGGGAUACAAAAGAUGGUCGGGGAGAACCAGCUGCGACUGUACGGCCGGUUCCUGGAGCAGUACGGCCAGCAGCUGCUCGGCAUCCGGGAGGCGCUCGAGGGCUACGUCAACAACGCGUGGGACAUGUUCACCGACCCUGUGGGCCUGAAGUACGACCUGCACGAGCACACGACGCUGCUGGAGCUGAUCAGCACGGACAACAAGGUGCUCAACAAGGUGCUGAUCGUGUUCGCGUCCCUGUGCUCCGAGACGAGGCGGCUGAGGGCCGAGGCCCGCACCAAGUACUUCAACGCCGUGCUGUUCUACGGAGAAGGAGUGGACGAGGGCUCGCCCGACGAAGCGGCCCAGCUGCAGCUGAGCAGGUUCCUGCCGCUGCUGCAGAACCUGUGGUGCUUCGUGCAGCGCUGCGGCCAGGUGGCGCUGUGCACGGUGCGGCAGCUGGCGGCCUACUACUCCCCCGUGCCGGCCGCGCAGGUCAUGAGCUCCGCCGACGUCCACUUCCAGGACGUGGUUGAUCACCUGGCCGACCUGCUGCUGGUGCUGGCGACGUUGGACGAGACCCUCUGCGGCCACGCAGUCCUGCUCGAGCACUGGGCGCUCUACCGCCAGACCGUCAAGUCGGUGCGCCACGACCCGUCCCGCGUGGGCGUCCCCCCGGGCAAGCUGGCGCUGCUGGAGGGCCUGCUGGCCGACCUGGAGACCAGCCUGCUCACGGGGAAGAUAUUCCAGCGGGCGGUGGAGCAGGUCGCGGACGGCAUGCGGGCGGACGGGAACCGCGACGGGCUGCUGGGAGAGGAGCUCCAGCUGUACGUGCGAGCGUCGCUGGCCGCGCUGGAGGCCCGGCCCGCCGAGCAGCUGCACGGCGACGCCGCGGCGCUCUGGGUCAAGGCCGCCGCCGUCCACGUGCUGCACUUCCGCCUGUUCGGCGUGUCCGAGCGCAGGCUGCUGCGCCAGCUGUGGGAGCUGCACAGGAAGAUACCGGCCGUGACGCUGGUGGGCAACGCGCUGUGGUUCCCGGAGCACUUCCUCGCCGACAACCUGCCGCACUUCAGCAAGCUCGUCGACAAGAAGGCCGUGCAGGCGGCGGUGGCGGGCCGACACGCCUUCCUGCAGGCCAAGUCCCAGAGCCUGUCCAGGGAGGCCCAGCAGCUCACCUUCCAGAUUGCAUUGUGGUCGGUUCAGUUGGAAGCCACGUUGAAGCAAGAGUCCACAAGUUUGAAACUGGAAGAUUUGAGUCACAGGUGCAAUCUGUAUCUCCAGGGACUGCAGCACGCGGGCUACGUGCGCUGCCUCGCGCAGACGCUGACGAACCUGCACGUGUCUCUGUCGCGGCCGAUGCCCAAGACGGCGGUGGCGUCGCUGUGCCGGCUGGUGGAGCUGGUGAAGGGCGUGCAGCAGGCGUUCCACCGCCACGGCGCCGCGCUCUACGAGUCGGUCAACCACGUGGCGCAGUACCUGGCCUUCCAGGCGCUCUCCGUCAUCUCCGCCACCAAGAGGAGCCUGGUGCAGGACAAGCGCUACAGCGAGAAGCACCUGGACAUCCUGUCGUCGCUGGCGCUGGCGGAGCGGGCGCUGCACGGGCCGGGCUCCGCGGACCGGCGCCUAGUGGCGCGGCUGGCGCUGGCCACCGCGCGCCACGCACGGCUGCUGCGCGAGGACGAGCAGCAGGCGCUGGCGGCGGCGCUGGGCCGGCUGGACGCGGCUUGCGAGCUGCAGGGGCGCCUCGCCGCCGCCUGCGACUGCUGCUUCCUCUACUGGCACCGCGCCGUGCUGCCCGCCUACUUCGGCGCGCUCUUCCGGGCUGGGGGCGACCUGCGCCGCCUCGCGUUCAUGUUCCAUGCUCUGCAAGAUUGUUUGUUGGCGAUGAAGAACGCACAGCAUGUUCUCUCCCCGGUAGCUCUGCAGAACAGCUUCAAGAAGGAAAUUUUCGAUCAUCUGAACGAUCUGAUUUUGAAACCACUGUGCCAAGAAAUCGAGACAAACCUAAGACUUCACGUCCACUCUCAUCUCCAAGUGAACGAGAGAAAUCCUUUCCAGACAGAAAUAUCGGACCCGUCUGCGUUGCUCCGGCUUCAGUCGCUGAAGUACCUGGACAAGCGCAUCAGCGUUGAAGCGCGGGUGGAGCAGUACCUGGACCAGACCUUCUACAACCUGACGACGGUGGCGCUGCACGACUGGCGCACGUACGGCGAGAUGCGGAGCCUCGCGCAGCACAAGUUCGGCCUGCGCACCGUCGAGGACCACCUGCCCAGCCAGACCUUGGAGCAGGGCUUGGAUGUGCUCGAAAUCAUGCGGAACAUCAACAUUUUUGUUUCGAAAUAUUUGUACAACCUAAACAACCAGAUUUUUGUUGAACAAUCGAGCAACAACAAGCAUCUUAACACCAUCAACAUCAGACAUGUGGCGAACUCCAUCCGAACCCAUGGAAUUGGGAUUAUGAACACAACCGUAGGUGAACUUCACGUACCAGUACCUGCGGAAGCAGUUCUUCAUCUUCUCGCAGUUCAUGUUCGACGAGCACAUCAAGUCGCGCCUCAUCAAGGACCUGCGCUUCUUCCGCGAGAACAAGGUGCAGCUGGACCAGAAGUACUCGUACGAGCGGGCCGAGAAGUUCAACCGUGGCAUCCGCAAGCUGGGGCUCACUGCCGACGGCAAGAGCUACCUGGAUCAGUUCCGCAUGCUCAUCAGCCACAUCGGUGGGUGCUUCUGGCGUCCGUGUCACUAACAUCACAACACUUUAUGAAUUUCAUUUUUAGGUCGAUUUCGAUUUUAAAACAUGAGAUUUCUUUUUUCACAAAUCUUCUUUAUUCACGAAGAUAGUGUAUUAUUCGGUAACUGACCCGUAGCACGUAUCCAAGUUUAUCCCUUUAUUCUGUAUGAUUGAUCCUGUGCUAUUUUAAUUCAGUAUGUCGGAAGAUCCUGGACAUAAUAAAAAUAUUACACUAGAAAAAAAUAUUAAGAAGGGGAAAAAAAAUUCAUUUUUUGAUUUUUAUUUGAUCUAGUGCAAUCAUUAUUUGUAUCCAGGAUCUUUGUUUGGAUGUACUAAACUAAAACAGCAAGCAUCAUGUACCACCGGAUCAGUGUAUUUAGGAUGAUGCCAUUGGAUACGCAAUACGAAACUCUUACAUAUUAUUCUACAAAUAUGAAAAUUAAUACUUCUCAAUACCUACUUCAAAAAAAAUCUCGCAAUCUUACUGAUUCAUGAUGCACUUUUACUGUAAAAUAAUUUGUAAUAAAUACGUCUGGAACAGAACUACUCACAAAAAUGAAAACAAACAGGCAAAAUUUUAUGUGUUCGAAAACUAUGCCAAAAUCAUUCAUGUAAAAAGUUUUACUAAUAAGCGAUACAAGAUCAAACAAAAUAAAAUGAUUUUUUGCAUUUGAGUUUUUUUUUUUGUACUCUCUUAAUGCUAAAUAAAUUAAAUUCAUUGAAUUGACUGUGAUUAAAGAUUUUGUAAAUUUUUGUAAUUUGAGUUAAGUUUUGUCAGAUUGCUGCUUGAUUGAAUGAUUUUAUGGAAUGUCAGUGAAAAAUGGUGUAUUAACUUGCAUUUUUUGUUAUAUGGUACAUUGACAUGUUUUUCGGUGCUAUUUCGGUUUUAUCGCAAUUCACAAUAUAAUAUUGUCCCUACGUAUAACAUAUUCAAGUUUAUCCCUUGAUCCUGAUGGCAUGAUUGGUACAUGAUUCUUGCUUUUAAUUACAAUAAAACAAAUUAUUUCAGGCAUUGUGAAAAUUUGAUUUUGUACUCAACUUAAAAUCAUAAUCCAUCAUUAUUUUGUCAGAAGUUAUUGUCAUCUUGCAUCCUUCCAUUGCUUAGAAAUACGGAUGUUGCUUUUUAAGAGUUCCACUUUUCAGCUCACGUCUUGUGUAGAUUGACCCUCUAGGUUGGUAAUUUUGUCAUUCAGAGUAUCUGCAGGUCCCAAAGUCACGAGAGGGUCCCGAAAUAAGGAGCAAUGUUGCUGGAAGUCGUGAAAUUUGCCUUUUGCUAACUAAUUUUUUUUAAUUGCCUCACUUCCGUGUACAUGUGGACAUUAUUUCUGAAUGUGUUCUAGCAUUCUAACUUGAAAAUCAAUAUGUUCAUGCAAAUUUUGUAAAAUUACAUAUUACAUUGGCUCAUGUUUAAUUUGGUUGUAUGUCUAGAUUUAAAAAUCACCCUUUGUUUAAAAAAAAAAAAAAAAAAAUUGUUUAAAACUAGGGCUGGGCCGAUGCCGAUCACCGAUCGCAAUAAUCGGCCGAUUUUAACACAUCGGCAUCGGUACCAAUCUGCAAAUUAUUUACCGAUCACCAAAUGCUGAUCAUUACAUACUAAAUCAAAAUUAAUAAAUACUGAAUUAAGCUUACAAAUGCAAAGUUGUACGUUUCAAAUUUACUUACAAAAUAACUAAAUAAGGUAGGCCUACAAUCAAGUAUCAACAAAAACACGAAUUUACAGUAUUAAUUUGCAUAUGGGUAUUUUUAAAACAUGCCAAACCAUUAUUUUACGGAGUUGUUUUUAAUAAUUCACAAUAAAAACUUUGAUUUUUAUGAAAUAAUACUAAUUUUAACUUACGUCUAUUGCACUUACGAAACCACAGCCAUAGAAUAUUGUGUGUUGAUUUUUAGAUUUUUAUUAUUAACAUCAAACAAGCUAUAUAAUUCUUAAUUUGUCUGAUCGGCAAUGAUCGGCGCCGGUCAUCGGCGCAAAUGAUCGGUAUCGGAAUGAUAGGCAAAUUUAGUGAUCGGCCCAGUCCUAUUUAAAACUUCUAAAAGGUUCUGAGAUUGGUUCUCAAAGUAUUAUUUGCAGAUACUGUUUGGUAGUGUUUGUUGCUUAGUGUUGGUAAAGAUAACAGUGCAAACUGUUUCAGGUAUUUUUGGUGAAAUGUAUUUAGUAAUAAUGUGUACUAUAAUCUAACCAUUAUCUGGCCUGUGUAACUGCUUAGAUAGGAAAAAAUUUUUGCUGUGCAGGGAAAAUCAAAGAAAACGUGAGAAAAUUGGUUGAAGUAAGAGAGUGGAAACCGUGGCUCAAGGUAUCCACAUUAUUUAAAAUCGGGGAAAAUCCGCAAUAAGUCAUGGAAAUGCCCAGUGAUAUUAGUUUGAGGGGAAAAUGUUAUGCUCGAGUCUACCAGACUGUUAAGCAGUUUUUUUCCUUUUCAGAUAGUGUUUUAGUGUGCAAUUGUACACACUAUAAAAUGGCAUGCACAAGGUUCUGUUAGAUAUAAAUGUAAAAAUAAAUUUUAAAAAAGUAAAAAUAAAAAAGAGAACUUGGACAUUGAUAUGAAUGUUGCAGACUGGAUUUUCUUAAUUUCUUUCAUAAAAUUGACAGCAUGGUAAUUUUAAAAAAAAUUAGCCAGGAAAAUUUGCAAUUGGGUCAGGGAAAAGUUAGGGAAACUUUAUUACAGAUCUGUGUGGAUACUCUGUGUUUCCAGUCGUAACAUUACCACCUUCUUCUCUCGUAAAUAUGGUAGGCACCCGUCAUUUCCUAGGAUUGGAUACCAUCACUUCUUCGGAGGACCGCGUGCACUUGCAACCCAGUGUCCAGAACUCUCGGAAUUUCGGUGUGUUAAGUUUUAGUUUUUAUUCCUGAGCGCUCGCGUUCAUCCCGCACAUACUUGCUCAAGUAGCCAUCGUUACUAAAACUCUUAACGUCUGAUUCUGACACCAGUGGCGUAGCUAAGGUGACUGGCGCCCCUGGCCAGAAUUGUAAGCCUGUGCGAAUAUCAGUUUUUUAGUUCGAAUCGAAUUCGAAUACGAAUACCAAAUUAUUCUCGAAUAUGAAUAUUGAGUUUGAAUAAUUGGAAUGAGAAUUAAAAUCCCAUAAAACAUGUUAUAUCACAUCACAUUACAAUAUGAUAACAGGUAACUACAUAUUUACUGAUACAUUCUACUAUGUAGAAUCAAAAAACUGACAGUACUUAAAAUUUUAAGGUUCUCCAAUUUUAUAAUUAGUUCAUAUUAAAAAGAGUCUUGUCACAUCACUACAUAUUAGCUAAUUUAAAUUUUUGUGGAGAAACACAAGCUGCUCUACAUUUUCGGGGAGUAGACUCUCUCUUCUACACGUCACAAUGUUGCCAGCUGUUGAGAAAAGUCUCUCACUGCACACUUGUGUGGCAGGUAGGGAUGGGGCGAAUCCUGAUUUCCUCGAAUCCGAAUCCUAACUCGAAUCCUCGACUGGAAUUGCCGAAUCUCGAACCCAAACCCGAAUCUUUUAAUAGAUGAUGUCCACAUAUCUAAUGUAAGUGAGAUGUAUUCUGCUUGCACUAAAAGUCCCUUGACUUUAUCACAUGUACUUAGUUUGGUACAUUUCUGGUAUAAGUGUAUAUAAAGACAACAAUUUUUUCUUGAGAAAUUUCAGUUUUAGUACAGAUUAGCGGUUAGGAUUUUUUCUAUAAAUAAGCUAGAGGUCUGCGAGCCUAAGAAUUUUACUUCGAGCCGAGCUCGAGCUUUUGUGGUACAGUUACACUUUUGGGAAAUUAUUUUUAUCUUAAACUUAAUAUCAUGUUUGAAUAAAGUAUUAAAAUGAAGUGGGCUUAUUAAUUUUGGGUAACUAUUUACAGUGUGUGUUUACAUUUUGCACUGCUAGAAUAAAAAUAACAUUUUUUUUCAUUGAAUCUUACCUGUUUCCAUUGGUUCAUUAGUAACUGAUAUCAUCCAACUAACAUAACCAAGUAUAUGUUUGUGUAAAUGUAACAUAUCUUUGGAAAAAUUUCACCCUUGUCAAUUUUUCUGGAGUCCUUACUGAGCUUCAACAAACUUAGCACCAAAAAUCAUGUUGUUUGAAAAGUACAUUCACAUUGUUUCAAAAUUUCCACUUUUCAGCACAAUAAUUCUGAGAGAGAUUGUCACAGAGUAUUAAAUUCUGUUCUUUAAUCUAUCAUUCAGAACAAUAAUUUGUUCUGCACGUUCAGGAGUUAAAUUAGCUCUACGAUUGGAGAUAGUGUUUCCAGCAAAAGAGAAGUGUCUCUCGCUGGCAACCUGCUUGGCUGGAAUGCUUUAGUAAAAUUGCUUAACCUCAAAAUUAGUGUCAUAAAUAUCUGUAACUGGUCAUUAAAGUUUAAUCAAUUGAAAGUAAUAAAAAUAAAAACAUUUUACUUCAUUCAAUUUACACUUGCAAAAAAAACAUACACACAAUAAACCUACAUGGAAAUUAAAGUAUUUUUCAAUAUCCUGAAGUCUAAAAUAUGUUUACUCAUGUCAUUAAAUGUAGAGCUGUAUUGAAGAAGCCGAUUUUGCCAAUAUUUAGUUGAAUCGGCAUUUCUGCCGACUUCGAUACAGUACGCUCGUUAAUUUUCGGCCGAUAUUACUGAAAAACGAAAGAGACUGUCAUAACCUAAAAAUCCACGAGUACCAUUUUCACUUUUCGUAGUAGUACUGCAUUCUUUCAGAUCGCAUUAUUUCUUAGCAACAUGUGCGAACCGUACAUAUCAAAGUUUAACAUCUUUUUUUUUUUAACAAUGUUCUUUAAUUUAAUAUGUCUUAAAUAAAUAAUACAUUACUAUCACGGUAAAUAUACAUCUCAGUUGUUACGAUAACUAUAGUGCAAAUAUGGUAGCUAUCAUGCUUCUGUAGUAAUUAUGGUAUUCUACAAAGAAUCUUUAGUUCUUUUUAUGGUAAUUAUCUUAAAAUAACUAUUGGGUUUGUACUGUAGUUAUGGUACAUCAUCCAUAUUUCUUCGUAUGUUGUUGUUCAUUUGUCUUUUCAUAUUUACGUGUGCCAUUAUUUGAGACAAGAAGUUUCAGAAAAAAUUUUAACGGACAUUAUAUCACACAUUUAAUGGCGUAAAUGACGAGACCUCGGGCAAUUUAAACGCUUUAUACGGAAAAACCUACCAUGCGGGACCUCGUAAGCGAGUUUUACUGUAUUUUUUUCCCGUAAAUAGUAAAAACCGAAUCCUUUGACGAAUCCUAUAUCAGACCCGCCGAACCCUCGAAUCCCUAGGAUUCGGCGGAUUCGGCGGAUAUUGGAUUCGGUCGCCCCAUCCCUAGUGGCAGGUAUAGGCACGUACUUUCUUGCUACCACAGCUAUGUUUCAGAAACAAGUGUGCCCCUUCUCUGACCAGAAACUGAAAGGAUUUUCAUUCUUUGGGAUUAAGGGUGCUGCCAGAUAUUUGUUUACUUCUCCUUGGAUAGUUUCUUCGUAGCUUGCAAGCGUAGACUUCGCUGCUGUUGAAGGUUUCACGUAGGCUCACAGAGAUGACUUCUCCUCACUUGUCUCAGUUAUAGUUUCAGCUACUGUGUUCAGCUUACACAGCUUACAUACCUCCCUGCACAAAUUUUCAACCCAUAUUUUUUUUCCAUCCUCAAUUAGUGAAUCUUUGAACCGUGGAUCUACCAUCAUAGAAAACACAUUUACUUCACAAUCUUGGUACACCAUGUAACGUGAUCGCAAGCUUUUAAGUAAGUUCUUGGCAAGAGUUUUUUUUGAC